CCGGAGCGCCGUAUAUCUGCGGAGCGGGCGCGGGACGCCGAGCCGGAGCCGGGUGGACGCCGUCGCGCCGAGGUUUGUGGCUGCCACCCUGUUUCCUCAAAGCGUGGCUCGCAGGGCAUGAUGAACGUCCAUGAGCUCCGAGGCAGGCUGUCCAAAGCUGGGCAGGAGCAUCUGCUGCAGUUCUGGACGGAGCUGGAGGAAGCCCAGCAGGUGGAGCUCUAUGCAGAGCUGGACGCCAUGAACUUGGAGGAGCUGAACGUCUUUUUUCAGAAGGCCACUGCAGGGUUUAGCCGGCCUCAGCCAGACAGCGUGGACGCACGCAUGGAGCCUGUCCCUCGGGAGGUGCUGGGCAGUGCUACCCGGGACCAAGACCAGCUCCAGGCCUGGGAGAGCGAAGGACUUUUCCAGAUUUCUCAGAGCAAAGUGGCAGUUCUUCUCCUAGCUGGUGGGCAGGGGACGAGACUCGGCGUUGCCUAUCCCAAGGGGAUGUAUGAUGUCGGUUUGCCAUCCCAUAAGACACUUUUCCAGAUUCAAGCAGAGCGCAUCCUGAAGCUUCAGCAGUUGGCUGAAAAAUAUCAUGGCAAUAAGUGCGUGAUUCCAUGGUACAUAAUGACCAGCGGCAGAACAAUGGGAUCUACAGAGGAGUUCUUCACCAAGCACAAGUACUUCGGUUUAAGAAAAGAGAAUGUAAUCUUUUUCCAGCAGGGAAUGCUACCAGCCAUGACUUUCGAUGGGAAGGUUAUUCUGGAGGAGAAGCACAAGGUUUCUAUGGCUCCAGAUGGGAACGGCGGACUGUAUCGGGCCCUGGCUGCCCAGAACAUUGUGCAGGACAUGGAGCGCAGGGGCGUGGGGAGCGUCCACGUCUACUGCGUGGACAACAUCCUGGUGCGCGUGGCAGACCCCCGCUUCAUCGGCUUCUGCAUUCAGAAAGGAGCGGACUGUGGGGCUAAGGUGGUGGAGAAGACGAACCCGACGGAGCCGGUGGGUGUGGUGUGCCGCGUGGACGGGGUGUACCAGGUGGUUGAGUACAGCGAGAUUGCCUUGGCCACGGCGCAGAGGCGUGGCCCCGACGGCCGGCUGCUGUUCAGCGCCGGCAACAUCGCCAACCACUUCUUCACCGUGCCGUUCCUGCGAGACGUGGUCAGGGUGCAUGAGCCCCAGUUACUGCACCACGUGGCUCAGAAGAAGAUCCCGUGUGUGGGUCCCCAGGGGCAGCGGGUCAAGCCGGACAAGCCGAACGGGAUAAAGAUGGAGAAGUUUGUCUUUGACAUCUUCCAGUUUGCCAAGAAGUUUGUGGUGUACGAAGUGCUACGGGAAGAUGAGUUCUCCCCGCUGAAGAAUGCGGACAGCCAGAGCGGCAAGGACAACCCCACGACCGCCAGGCACGCGCUCAUGUCCCUGCACCACUGCUGGGUGCUCAACGCGGGCGGCCACUUCAUCGACGAAAACGGCUCUCGCCUCCCAGCCAUUCCCCGCAGUGCUGCAAAUGGAAAGUCAGAGACCAUCACAGCUGAUGUCAAUUACAACUUGAAGGACGCCAACGAUGCACCGAUCCAGUGUGAAAUCUCCCCCCUCGUCUCCUAUGCCGGAGAAGGAAUAGAAAGUUACGUGGCAGGUAAAGAAUUCCACGCACCUUUAAUCAUUGACGAGAAUGGAGUCCAUGAGCUGGUGAAGAACGGCCUAUGAGCCCGACACGAGCUCCACGUCAUGAAGAUAGCUCUGCUUUCGCCACACCGCCCACCUGUGAGCCUCCAGGACGCCUCCUGGAGCAGCGCUGGAUACCCACAGGCUCCGAUUGCUUGUUGAACUCUCGUAAUGACCACGUCCCCCAAGAUCCAGGUGACAGGACUUCAGAAAGCAUUUUUAUGGUUCUCAACGCAUUGAAGGUCUUAUUUAUAUUUUUCAAUUAUAUAAUUGUUUUCCGAGCCAGCGAAAACAGUGGCCGUCCAGGAAGUUCCUACAGCUGGGGUACAGCCGGGUGUGCACCACCCCUGUGCUCAGAGCUGGAAGCAGCCCUUCACAGAGUUGUACAUAGUAAUCACAUGCCGUUGUGCAUAUUGGAAGGUUUCUAUGGUACUAGAAGUUUGUUUUAUUUUAUCAAAAAGUAAACUUUUUCAAGAAAAUAAUUGGAAGUAAAAUAAACUUCUUGUCUCUGGAGUGUCA